AUGGAUCCCAACUUCUCUGACUACGAUGAGAAUUUCUUUAUCAAUUCCUCUUCUGAUUUCGAUCAAAACCCUAGCUCUAGCUUUCUUGCUGAUCCAUCUUCUGUUUGGGAUCUAAGAGCAGAAGACGAGUAUUCUCACGAUUCCUCCGAUACCUUGUUGAAAUACGUGAGCCAGAUCCUUAUGGAAGAGAGUAUUGGUGACAAGCAAUCCAUGUUCUAUGAUUCUCUUGCUUUACGAAAAACCCAAGAAAUGUUGCAGCAAGUCAUUACUGAUUCCCAAUCUCAGUCUUUUAGUAGCAGUAGUUCUGGGGUCGCAAGUGGAAGAACCAUCGAAUCCGCGGUAUUGUCUGAUCGGAAUAUCGAGCAACCUGUGGAUGAAAUUGUUGUUAGGAGUGUGUUUAGUGAUGCAGAUUCAGCUCUACAGUUUAAGAGAGGUCUUGAGGAAGCUAGGAGAUUCCUUCCCAAUAGCGAUGUAUGGGUUAUCAAUAGCCAAAGGCCCGUUUCGGUUAAAGAAGAGAUUAGAUCAGAUCAUCAUCAUCCUUCGAGAGUUAAGAAGAGUCAUGAAAGGGAAAUGCUUGAUUAUGAGGAAACUAGGAGCAGUAAGCAAUCUGCAGCCAAUGUGGAAGACGGGAAGAUAACGGAUAUGUUUGAUAAGGUUUUGCUACUUGACGGCCAAUGCGAUCCGCUUAUAGACGGCGAGAUUCGAGCAAUUCAGAGUAAUAGGAAGAAAGGAGGGAAGAAGAACACAAAGAGUCAGGUGGUUGAUUUCCGUACACUUCUCACUCAAUGUGCACAAGCUAUUUCUACUGGCGAUAAAACCACGGCUCUUGAUUUGCUAUUGCAGAUAAGGCAAGAAUCGUCGCCUCUCGGUGACGCAUCACAGAGGCUCGCUCACUGUUUCGCCAAUGCGCUUGAGGCGCGUCUACAGGGAAGCACGGGUCUAGUGAUUCAGACCUAUUACAAUGCUAUAACCUCAUUGAAGGAAACCGCUGCGGAUACACUUAAAGCGUACCGAGUUUAUCUAUCUUCAACUCCGUUUGUGACCUUGAUGUACUUCUUCUCCAUUAAGAUGAUUCUCGAAGCAGCUAAAGAUGCUGCAGUUCUUCAUAUAGUCGACUUUGGGAUCCUAUACGGGUUUCAAUGGCCGAUGUUUAUUCAACACUUAUCGAAUCGAAAAGAUGGACCGCGGAAACUACGGAUCACCGGUAUCGAGCUGCCUCAGCGUGGUUUCCGUCCAGCGGAAAGAAUAGAGGAGACGGGACGGAGAUUGGCGGAAUAUUGUAAAAGGUUUAAGGUCCCGUUCGAGUACAAAGCCAUUGCAUCUCAGAACUGGGAAACAAUUCGGAUUGAUGACCUUGAUAUAAGACCGAACGAAGUCCUAGCUGUCAAUGCCGGGCUCAGGCUCAAGAACCUUCUAGACGAAACAGGAGGCGAAGAGAAUUGCCCGAGAGAUGCUGUCUUGAAGCUUAUAAGGAACAUGAACCCAAAUGUUUUCAUCCACUCUAUCGUGAACGGUUCCUUUAACGCACCGUUCUUCACCUCGAGGUUCAAAGAAGCGGUUUACCAUUACUCGGCCCUCUUCGACAUGUUUGAUUCAACACUGCCUCGGGAUAACCAAGAAAGGAUUAGGUUCGAGAGGGAGUUUUACGGGAGAGAGGCAAUGAACGUGAUAGCGUGCGAGGAAGCGGAUCGGGUGGAGAGACCAGAGACAUACAAGCAGUGGCAAGUGAGGAUGGUUAGGGCCGGGUUUAGGCAGAAACCGGUUAAGGCUGAGAUGGUUGAGUCGUUUAGGGAAAAGAUGAAGAGAUGGAGUUAUCAUAAAGACUUUGUGGUUGAUGAAAAUAGUAAAUGGUUGUUGCAAGGCUGGAAAGGUCGGACACUUUAUGCUUCUUCUUGUUGGGUUCCUGCCUAG